GCAUACCACCAUGGAAUAUAACUUAUAUAUAUGAUAAUCAAACCAGACAUGCAAUAUCAAAAACAUCAAGAUUUAUAUUUGGAGCGGAUAAACCAGGCAAUAUGACAAUAUCAGAAGUGUGUCAUCAGAAUAAUGAAUGCUGUAGUUACCCAACGGAUUUAAUAGAAAUGAUUAAUGAUCUCCCGACUGCAAUUGUUUCAGAAGGUAAAGAAGUUAUUGAAGAUAUUAGAGAAGGCGAUAAAAGUGAAAUUAUAGUUGAUUUGAUUGGCACACCACCAUUUCAAUUUACUUAUACAAGGAGAGAAUUGUUGAUUGUUGGUGGUAAACGUAAACAAGGACGUGUUUUAGAAGUUAAAACUGUCACUAAUAUAAAUGAACACAAAUAUUCAAUUUACGCGUCACAAGAAGUAAUUCAUAUAGGUGAUCGCUAUUGUGAAUAUCCAAAAAAUGGUACCAAUAAUCUU